UUGUCGCGCAGCCCCAAGAAAGUAUGGCGACGUGGGAGAGCGACAAGUUUCAAGAAGAUGAGGAUGCCGACAGUAUCGGGGACAAUUUCGACAAUAUCCUCGUGACGCACGAUCUGCAAGAUUGCCUGGACGACACUUUAGACCUGUCGAGCUUCGAGAAGGUCUACGAGCAGAGAGCGGUGUUUGAUUACGAGAGGUACUCCGACGACGAUGCUGCUAUCAAUGAGAGACCGAUACCCGCCGAUGACAACACGACCGGGUACAUCUAUCAUACAAUCAAUCCAGAUGAAACUUAUAUGCGAAUUCAUCAAGAGCAAGAUGAUGUAUUAUUUGAAGAUCAUACUUCUCAUGAAACUGCUACUAUUGAAACUACAGAUCCAGAUAAUAAUCAGAAACAUAUCAAUCGCUAUAAUUGUCAAUACGAAGGUUGCACCAGAACAUAUAGUACCAUUGGAAAUUUGCGUACUCACAUGAAGACACAUAAAGGCGAGUAUCGAUUUAAAUGCGCAGAGCCGAGUUGCGGCAAGGCCUUUCUCACGUCCUACAGUCUAAAGAUCCACAUUAGGGUACACACAAAAGUAAAACCAUUCGAAUGCAAUUACAAAGGCUGCGAGAAAGCAUUCAAUACCCUUUACAGACUGAGAGCUCACCAAAGACUUCAUAGUGGCAACACAUUCAACUGCGAAGAGACGGGAUGUGUUAAAUUCUUCACUACUUUAAGCGAUCUCAAGAAACAUAUACGUACUCAUACUCAAGAAAGACCAUACAAGUGCAGAGAGAAAGGUUGCGGAAAGGCUUUUACAGCUUCACAUCAUUUAAAAACACAUAAGAGAACACAUACAGGCGAACGACCAUAUAUUUGUACCUUCGAAAAUUGUAGACGACGUUUUACUACUCCUCACAGUUUAAAGAGCCACAUAAAAACGCAUAAUAAAACUGUGAAUAAUGAAAUGAAGGGUAAAGACAACAGAAAUGACGAUGCAACUAAGGAACAGCAAAAGUUAACUCAAUUAGAUUUAAAACUUGUGAAAGUUAGUGCGAGUGACACCAUUAUACCAUCAUAUGCUGUCAUACCAAUAUCUUCAGAGCUUGCACAAAAUCGUAAAAACAUAUCAUAUGUUUCUGCGAAAAAUGGUACAAUAGGACAAGUAGUCCCCUCUAAUGUAACAAUGGACAUUAUGAAUCAUCGCAAAUUGGACGUAAGACUCGAAUAUAUUUCUACCAAAGAUGUGGAAGAUUCAAAUAAUAGAACCGAAGUUGCGCUUCUCGCAACGGAUAUCAUGUUAGAUAAUUUUAACGAACACACAGUUGACGCUUUUAACAAUAAUGAGGAUUAUAAUAAAUUUAAAGUAUUUAAUCAAAUGACCGAAUCAAAUAUGCAACAUAAUAAUUUAACAGAUAUAGUUGGGCACAAAUCAGUUUCGUUAUCGGAAGUGCGUAGUGAUAGUAUUAAUAGACAGGAUCAAUCUAUCUCGAUAAAUUUAGGGCAAAAGAUUAUGCAAGACGGCUUGCAAAACGCAAUAACGCAUAUUUCGGAAGGAACAGAUUUCACAAGUGAUAUAAAACAGUACAAAAACGAAUCCGCCACUAUAUCUGACAAUGUAUUUGCAAACCAAUCGAAUACAGGAAGUACAGCCAACAACGAUGACAAUGUGUUAUAUAGUACCAAUUGUAUUACUAGUCAUAUUCCCGAUAUUAUAAGUUCUUCGAAUGAAACCCACCUUUUCGAGAAUGGAAUGGACGCUCUCUCGUUCAUCAAUGAUGCGACUUUACAAAGCGAAGACUCUCUCAACGCGGUUUCAAAUCAUGAUCCGCGCACAGAUACUGUCAUUACAAACGCGCAAUCGGAAGCUGUUGAACUCGCGAUAGCUACUGAGGAAGAAUUACCUUCACCUUGGAUAGAUGUUAUGGCACUGGCAACUGCACCCGCUUUGAGAGCACAAUCUUGGUCUGAGUUAAACGCUUUCCCCAUAGCAGUUCAUUCCUUGGUUGAUCUAGUAGGGCCAGAGCCUUAUCCACUCGAAAUAGAUUCUCAAUUGCCAUCUAUGGAAAAUUUGAGAAAUAUUAAUACAGUGAAUACGGAACAUAUUUUAGCAAACACUGAGAUAGUGCAGUGUCAAAAAGAUGCCGAACAUAAGAACAUAAAUAAUAUUAAGAACAAGAAAGAUAAUAGAAAUAUUCUGCAGGAGAUUACGGCAGAUGCUGAUAUAUGUAAAUGUGUCGAUUGCAAGUGCGAUAACUUACAAAAUUGUCAGAACUGUACAAAUAAUCCCGUCACGGAAGUUACCAAAAAAGAUACGAUAGAAAUCAUAGAUGACUUCGUGUCUUCCUUGCAAAGUGGAUGUUCCUGCAACAUCGAGUCCGGUGGUUGUGAUUCUUGCUGUGUUGUAAUUUGUCUAAAAACACUACAACAACUACAGAAAGUAUUUAGCAAUUGCUGCAAGAAUACUAACAAUACUACAAAUAUGUGUUGUAGAGAAAAAUUGCUACCAUCCUUAAUGAAAUAUCAACUAGCCAGAAACCCAUGAAUCACAACAUUUUCUUCAUUAACUAGUCACGCAAAGAAAAUAUAUUAUAUCUUCAUGUUAAUCCUUCUCUUUUCCUUAUAAAGAUGUGAUUUUAAUAGCUAAUAGCUUUAAAGAUGCCUUGGGCAAUUUUUUGCCUUUCAAAUGUUUUAUCUAGGACAAAUUGAGAAUAUAUGACUGUAUAUAUAUAUAUGUGUUAUAUCUAUAUUUAAUAGAAUCCUAUAAAUGAUUCUAUACAUAUGUUAUGUAAUUUGUGCCAAAUAUUUGUAGACUUUUUUACAAAAAAUGUUUAUGUAAACAAAAGUACUCUAUCGCAUAAUUUGUGAUAAUAUAAAUAAAGUGCCCACUUUGAAAUAUUAUUUAAAUGUAAUAUAAAAAAAGAGCUGAGAUGAAACUAAUGAUACACACAUACAGGAAUGCAAUCAAAUAAAUGCACAAUAUAUAAUUAUUUUUAUACAAUUAUGUUGAUAUGAACAAAUAAUGUUUUAUAAAUAUGAUAUGAAACUUUACAGUUUAUGCAAAAAUAGUCAUAUUUUUUUAUAUAUUUCAGUCACAAAUAUAUAUGCUGUUUCUUCCAUAUAAUAUUGGUUUAAAAUAUUGCUAGAGAACUUGUUAAAAAUAUGUGCAGUAUAUAUAUUAAUGAUAAUAUUAAUGAUUAUUAACGAUAAAUUAAUGAUAAAUAAUACCAAAAAUGAUAUAUAUAUAAUAUUUGUAUAUUUAAGAAUUUUAUUUAUUUAACAAUUGAAUGUAUUUUUUUCCAAAUAAUAUGUUAUGGCGUUAAUUCUAAGAAUAUUAUCCUAUUUUGUUGCUGUUUUAUGAUAUUUGCAAAAAAAACUUUUUGCAUAUCAAGAACUUUAUAUUCGUUGAGAUAAUUAAGAGGUGCCAAAUGUGAACACCAAAGUAUUUAUGAUGUUAUAAUAACAAUAACGCAGUACUAAGUUUCAGAUUUUAAAUAUUUGCUACUUUUUUUGCGCAUUAUCAUAAUAAUAAGUAGAUUGAAAAAAAAAUUUUUAACAGUUUUAGAGCGUGAAAAUUGUUAUGGCUGUUAUAUAAAUACUUGCAAUAAAAUCAAUGUACCUAAAUUGCUUAUAAAAGGCAGCAUAUUUAUUGUUAAUAAACAAAUAUUAAAACUAACAUUAAUAAUAAAUAAAGAAGUUUUAAUAACUA